UGACAUUUCAGUGCUAUGCGUAAUGUAGAGUUUGGAGGCAAACAUUUCACUUGGUGGCCGGCCGAACCCACUGACGAGCAGUUUCCUUAUUACGGUGUACUGUGUUGUAUUUAUCUGACUGUUUUGAGGACUUAUAAAACAUCUACUGCCAUUUCGGUAUUACAAGAAAUUGAAAGAUGGAGUGACAUUACGUCCAACUACGCCCUUUUGGAUGAGGAGAUGUCUAUUUUUCGUCCAGGUUUAUUCAAAGGCAAAGUUGCCAUUGUAACAGGAGGUGGAAGUGGUAUUGGGAAAGCCAUCACAGAAGAGCUAGUUACUCUGGGCUGUAGAGUUGUGAUUGCUUCUAGAAAUGAAGAGAAAUUAAAAAAAGCCAGUCAAGAGAUGGAUCCCCAAGGGCAGUCAGUCUUUGCAAAAGUCUGCAAUAUAAGGAAGGAGGAUCAAGUCAAGACGUUGGUAUCCCAAACAGUGAAUGAGCUUGGAAGGAUAGAUUAUUUGGUAAACAAUGGAGGUGGGCAGUUUCCAUCACCUGUGGCUAAUAUGAGUUUAAAAGGCUGGAAUGCUGUUGUGGAGACUAAUCUCACGGGAACUUUUCUUAUGUGCAGGGAAGUGUAUGAACAGUGGAUGUGUGAAAAUGGAGGUGUUAUCAUUAACAUCAUUGCAGACAUGUUUCGUGGUUUUCCCAUGAUGGCUCACACAGGGGCAGCACGAUCAGCGGUUGAUAAUUUAACAAAGUCCCUUGCAGUGGAGUGGGCUGAAAAUGGUGUACGAAUUAAUGGUAUUGCUCCAGGUCCAAUCUUUUCUCCAUCAGCAGCUGAGAAUUAUGGAAAAUUUGCUGUAUUUGAGAAAGCUCGUCCUGGUUUACCAACGAAAAGACCAGGAACACCGUAUGAGUCAUUAGCUGUGGAAUGGGCUGAAAAGGGUGUACGUGUAAAUGCUAUAGCCCCUGGAAGCUCUAUAUAUUCCUCAACUGCUGCAAAAAAUUAUGGAGAUGCUAGUAUAUUUGAAAGAACUAUUCCUGGCCUUCCUACUAAAAGACUUGGGACAACACAAGAGGUGGCAAGUGCAACUUGCUUUUUGCUCUCUCCAGGGGCGUCAUUUAUUUCAGGUGCAACACUGAAAGUAGAUGGUGGUGGCAGUUUGUAUUCUCCUCUUAUUUGGCAAAUUCCAGAACAUGAAAAUUUGCCAGCUUACAAAUGGACGUACAGUCCUACAGUUGAGGAGGAUAGUGCUGAAGAAGAAAGUGCUUCACCAAAAGCUAAGUUGUAGGUGGGCAAAGAUGGUGAACCUCAGUCAAGUAUUGCUAAAUUUUGAAAUAUGAGUCUGAUUUAUUGUUACAUAAGUUGAGGGUGUUAUAACUAGUUGACAGACUCUGGAAAAUUAUACAGAGAUUACUUAGUAAGUAUAGUAUUAUAGUUACUUAGUUAUUUCCAGUUUAUUAAAUGGUGAUAGACUUGUAUUUUUUUACAUAUAUGUAGGGAUGUUUAAAGAUGUCAUAGUCUAGUUAUUCAUUUUUUGUGUAAUGUACGGUAUUUGCUGGAAAUUUAUAAGUUGCAUGUUUUGACACUAAUAAAAUAUCUUUUCUUUUAAAAUUCAUUAGUACUGGAAUCAUAAUUUGUUCCGGUACGAUAUACAAACCUUUCGGUCCUUUUACAAUAGGAAGGUAACUAGCGGCAGCUGGACGGUCGUAAGCUUUGAACAAGGGAGUUCGGUAGUUAACUGCUUGUCCGACAGUGCGCGCACCGCGCGACUGGGAGGUGAAGAAUCACUUUUGCUUUCAGCCAUGUGUGUGGAGGACGUGUUCGUCAUCACUCUCUGCCCGCUUCAUCGUCGUAUGCUUUGCUUUUGUUGUGAAAUUUUCAACUUGUUUUGUCAGUGUUUGAAAGUGAAUUGUAAGUACGUACUGUCUUUUUCAUCUUUUAUUGCAUUGAUUUUAUGGAUCAUCGGACAUGGAGCUAUCCCCGCGACCCCCCAUCAACUGUAGAUGUACCCGGGGGUGGAGGGCCGCAAGUGUGGGGUCUUCCGCUCUUUCCGAAGAUUGAUCCUCGUUUGCGCUCUGUGCCGAGGGCGGGAAUGCUCUCGGCCCGAGCCUCGUAUUUUUGGGGUGAAAGUGUGAAAGUGAAAAUCGUAAGUGCAGGGUUCUUUUUCAUUUUCAUUUAUUUUCAUUCCCUUUGUGCUCGGUGCUGAGGGCGCGAAUGCUCUCGGCCUGAGCCUUGUAUUUUUUGUGUGAAAGUGAAAAUUGUAAGUGCAAUAUUCUUCUUCAUUUUCAUUUAUUAUUAUCAUUAUGGAUCAAGGUUUCCUCUCAUUCCCGGGAAUUGAUCCUCAUGCCCUUUGCGCUCGGUGCCGAGGGCGCGAAUGCUCUCGGGCCGAGCCGUGUAACAUUUUCUUUGGUCGGAGGUGCAGUGGGUGUUGUACGGGGGCGGGAAGAAAAGAAGGCCUGCCAAGGAGUCAUCGGAAAGCUCUCCCGCGACUCCCUUGGUAACCGAUACUUCGUCUUCUUUCCUGCCCCCCCCUGCUCAGCUCCCACGUAUGGCACCUUCCCCUUCGUGGGGUGGGGGGGGGUUUCGAGGUCCUUCUUCUUCCCCCGAUCCGUCGAGCGUAGAGGAGGGCGCUCGUUACCCGACAUGCAUUUGUAUUCGGGGUUUUCCGUUCCCGCGAGGGGACCCCCCCCCCCAACUUCCGACUAUUGCUUCCUCAGGCUCCUGUGUCGACGGACGACCUUGGCCAGGUGUGGAUGUCGCUGGGACUUGAGGACACACCGAGCGUCCAGGGGCUGCUCCAGCAUCUGGCGGGGCCUGUGCCAGUCACCCAUGGAGCGGUGACCACCACAUUCUCGACUCCAGGGUACGCCGCCCCUCCUCACCUGGUUUACACCCCUCAUGUGAUGUCGGUAACGCCUACGGCCGCCGUGCAGGGCCCGAUCGCUGCCAUGCCGAGGAGGGGCGUGCCUUCCCUUCCAGGUUCUUCGUGCUGCCAGGCCCGGUCUUCCGUUGCCCGAAGAGCUCGCCCCUGGACCUGCCGCCACCCAGGAUGUCGCUGGCUGCUGCCCCAUCUCCUGAAAUACCUGCCCUGUCUGCCGCACCUGCCGCUGCUGCUGUUCCUGCUGUUCCCACACCUGCCGACGUUGUUCCAGCCCGCAGUGUUGCUGCCCCAGACUCUGGUCAGCCGGGCCCUGUUGCUUCGGCAACAGCAGCCCUGGGUCCAUCCUGGAUGGAGGACUUGGCGUCUGUCCUGAGGGAGCUGAUGAAGAAGAGAAAGGUGUCGUCGUCGUCUUUGUAGUCUUCGUCAUCUUCUUCGUCGCCUGCUGCGGCCUCUUCCCCUUCGAUUCCCAAGGCUUGUAAGCUGAGGAAGAAGAAGGCUGCCUCCUCCCCUCCUAAGAAGGCUCCUUCGGGAACUUCCCAGGGCCUGUCCCACUCCGGUGGGACGGGGGGUCCUUCCGCUGGUCCUCCUGCUCCUUCGGGAAUAGGGCCCGUCUCUCCUUCCGCAAGGAAGGAGAAGACAGGGACUAGAGGGGUACCGGCUAACACCGGUACUUCCUCGCCUGGUGCUAGAGGCUCUGCCACUACACCAGGUUCCGGCUCAGCCUCUUGUCCGCGAGAGGUACCGAGUGUACGGUCACCCAUGGGUGGCCGUGCAGCCAAGACCCAGAAGCUCGCUCGGCGCCAGGAUCAAGGCACAGAGCGGAAGGCUGGCGAGAGCCGCUCAGGUGACUCGCUAGACCAGCGAUCGCUCUCGUAGCGACCAGCUGGUUACCAGGGUUGCCAUGACGAUCCUAGACCGACCACGAGCGGAGGCUGGUAAGAGGUCCCCUCGAUCGCAGGAACCAGCCGCGGCUGUUUCCAGCAGUUCAACGUGCAGUGAGAAUGGGCACCGGUCCCAUCGCGACAGUGGUCUCUGCAGGUCCCCUGACGGCCGCUCCCUCCGGGACCGGACGGAUAGGGGGACCAGCAGCAGCCCCCCUGACUCAGGGGAACUGCAGCCCCGGUCCAGCCGCUCGCCUCGGGGGAGCGGCACGACCAGGCCUGCAGCUUGAUCGCCACCAUUGGCGAUCGCCUGCAGCCCCCCAAGCACACCGGUUCUGCUGGCGAGCGAGGGGGGAGCGUCAGGUCUUCCUCUCCUAUUCCUCCAACUUCCUCGGGUUACACCGGGAAGGGCGAGAUAGCAAGGAGUGAUCAUGAGGGGCGCGCCCCCCCACGAUCCCGCCACGACGCCCUACGUGCCAGGCACGGUCCUCGGAUCGACCAGGUCGCAUGCGUAAGUGGCAGGAGACCGAGAGGGGUCUGCCGCUGUUCCUCCCUCUGAAGGAGGAGGGUCUCUGGAAUCGCUCUUGCUGGAGGGGCAUGAUGGUCCUACUCCUCAAGAUGCGGGCAUUCCUGAGAUCCAGAGGAAUUUUGCCGAGGUCAUUGUUCUGAUUCGUCAGCACAACGACCUCGGGGAAUGAUCGCCAGCCGCUGGUCCAGACCAGCAACUCGACAUAAGACCGACACUCCGUUCCUUGGUCCAGCUUUUCUCCAAGAAGCCGCUGGCCCAGACCUGCAGCUCGAUCGCCACCGUCGGUUGGCGAUCGCCUGCAGUCCUCCCAGCCUACUAGCAUGCUAGUAGGAAGGGUAGGAGCAUCAGGUCUCCCUUACCUGUCCCUUCAACCUCCUUAGGCACCGGGAGGAACGAGGCAAACAGGAGUGACCGUGAGGGUUGGGGGGGCUGGCAAGGACGAAUGACGCUUCCCAGACUCUUGGAGGGACCAUCACCGCUGUUCACGUGACGGUCCGUCUGGACCAUGCAUUGAAGAGAACAGGGCGUGCUCCCCCUUCGGUCCUCUUGAGAGGUUUUGGCCUUGAUGAGGACUGGGACGCGUCGGAGGACGGUAUCGGCUCUCUCCUGUCAGGUGCUCGAUCAGACCCACCCAGACGACGUUCACGGUGGCAGCAGGGGAUGGCUGCUCGUACUUGCUUCUCCAACUGCUAGUUCCGCGGGGAAGGCGAGCGAGUAUCCAAUUCCUCCCCCAUUCCCUCUCUCCUUACAGCUAUGAGGGAAAGGGGAGGGAUCCUGCAGAGAGUUCUAUGUAGGAUUCCACGUUGGGGACUGCAUUCUGGGGGGGGGGACCCUCGGGUCCUACCAGACGUAAGUCCCUGUCGAUGAGGAAGGAUCCUGCCCCAUCCUCGAUUUCUACGGGAACCGGGAGGACCACCAACCGAUGAUUGUCUGACGAAUUCGGUGGGGGUUUCGCCGAGCGCUUAGAAUUCUGCGGAAUUUCUAGCACUCUCAGAGUGUUCAGGUUUUUUAUGAUCUACAGACACUUGGGCGAAACCACGGUCCAGAGUGGGCUAGAGGAGAAUCCCCGAUAAUUGUUACUACGAUAAUUGGGAAUCUCGCCGAAUGCUCAAAUUCCUGGAAUUUCUAGCGUUUGGAAGAUGCACGGCUGCUGAAGGAAGAAUAUCUCACAGUGGGCGACCAACCCUGGGAUAGAGAAGAACGGACGGGAACAUCCAGUUUGGCUUGAACUAUUGUCUUCGGUAUUCUGUUAUCACCAUUGAAGCUUUCCUUCGGGGAAGACUUCUCCUUCAAUCUCUUGAUUAGAAAAUGAAGGGUGUCAGCUUCCAAUCUUUAUUCUCAUUCCUCGAAUGGAAAAGAAUUUAAGAUGGAGGUCUUUGUACAGGAACCUACAAAUAUACUACGUAUAUUAUCCUCACGACAUGAUUCUGUUAAACAGUUGAAUUGUCCGGGGUGUAGGCAUAUACCGUAGUUAACUCUACGGAUUGUGACCGAGACGAAUAGUAUCUUAAUUGAACUGCAACUUGGGACUGCCUGCAACCUCCUCCCAGGAGUUACCAGUUUCGAUUUUAGAUACUUAUGGUAUUGUUACGACAACACCGCCUCAGCUUUUGUAUUUACAGAAAUCUGUUUCGUUUAAAUACAAUUGCUCGAGCGUAUUUUUUUACGCUCGAUGGUUCUAGCUGAACGCAUUCCUUCUUGGAAUGGAUUACCUGGCAACUCAGGAUGCCAAGUGAGAGAGAGCUAACUGUGUAUUGGGCUGCCGACGCAGCCCAGUGCCAGCUGGCUCUCCAAGAUGCACAGUCGGGUUAUGUCUCUCUCCCCUACAAUGAUUGACUACCGAACCGUAUCUCUGCCCGACAAUCACAGAUUUAGGUCUCUGAUUGACGGGGAUUCUUGCAUACAUGAAUGACCAUCUCUACUGCAUCGCCUUGGAGCAUUGCGAGAAUUUUCAAACAGAGAUAUCUCUUGGACUCUAUCAUCUUUCUGUUUACCGCACGGUAACAGAAGUCUGUAGCCUAGUCUCCCGCUGCAUCGCACCCCUGCGAUAAUGCGGAAUGAUUUCUUCAGACAUCUGAGUUUGUCUUCUAAAAUAUCUCUUAUUCGUAGGUGCGCAAUUGUUCAUUGUUCACCCCGAAUUACAGAUGUAUAACGGAAGACCACGCCUGCUCCCCGCCCUGCCAUCUCUACUUCCAAGUAUUGCCUUCCCUGGAUAGCCUGAAGAAGAAGAUUAUCACCCCAUGAGAAGCAGUUCUUCAGGCAGUUCUUACCUGUGUUUUCAUUACUGAAAAGCGCCCCGCUUUCAUUGCAACUACGACUCCUCACCGAACAGCCAUGAAAUAGCGGUUUAGCGUUUUCAGUCCUUUGUAAGCACAGGUUCAGAAUCUUCAGAAUUCUUCUCUCAAUUCGGCUGUGAAGAUGUAGGUUACAUUCAGUGUCUACCUUCGUCUUCAACGGCACAUAGUGUUGUUUCUCCUUAGCUGAGAUUCAACUACUAUGAGAAUUCUGUCUUGCCAUCAGGGACCUUGGUCUCUAGAAGGCAAUUGACUUUCGCCUGUUGGGCACAUGCCUUAAGAGAAUCAUCACCUCGCCGUCCGGCAUCGGUGGCAAACAAAUAGACGAUUUGUAUGGUCUCUCGGCAUAACCCUUUAAAGGCGAAGGUCAUGUGACUUGCUCGGAUGCUUGGACAACUUGCCUCACACUACCGAACGCAGUCAGUCGGCAGCUGUCAGAGCGCCCGAGUCAGUUACGAGCUACGCUGUGGACUUAGUUCGGUUGUUCCAGAUCAAUCAUUACUUCGUCCUACUAGCCUGUCCCAGUACCCAUACCAUCGACACCCACCAUGGGGCGUCAGUGUCCUAUCCACUACGAAGAUGGAGAGACUUCGCCGCAGGGGGAUACGAGACCGCCAUAGACUUCGCUGCAAUGGGAUAUGAGAAUGCAAGACACUUCACUGCAGACGGAUAGACCAGUAUGGGUACUGGACAUCACCGAAGAGGGAACAGCAUGGCUUUUCCUGCGAAGUCAAGCAUCCAGGGGAUGGGGAUCUGUGACGCUCGAUUUUCAUACCAAACUUCGUAGCAAAGACUCAGAAUCCUUCGGUCCAUGCCGAUCGGUUUGAGUUCUUCACAAUCCCCUCCCUAAUGGACUUCACCACCUUCGAUGUGAAGGAGAUGCUGCUUUGUCCUGUGAGGGCGCGAUGGCGCUAUCUGAAGAAACUUGACACCUCAGGUCUGAGUGUUGACACAUCUUCGUUAGCACCGGGAUGACCAAGAAGAAGUUACAGGAACACUCUUUCUUGCUGGCUGCGUGAGGUGAUCAGGAGGGCGUACGAAGCUGAUGGUAGCGACAACAUCCAUACCCUUCGUCCGAAAGUUCUCAAAGUCAGAGAUAUUGGUCCUUCUUUCACGUUCCGCAAGAACUUCUCCGUGGCGCAGGUACUGAAGGCAGGGGUCUGGGCCAACCAGACCACCUUCACCUCCUUCUACCUUCGUGAUAUUGCCCACAGGUCCUUGGAUACUUUUUCCUUGGGACCCGUGGUGGCUGCUCAACACGUUGUGUAGCUAACCCAGCCCCUAGCAGGCAGAACAGCAUCGAUUCUUGGUGUGACUGUAGAAUGGAUGAGUGAAGAGAGUGUGACUGGCUCCUCUUCCCCAUCUUUUUCUCCCCUCUACCUGUGGGCAGAGGGAUAAGGUCGUCACCCUGCUGGAAGGAUGAGAUGCAGGUAUGCUACUCGACCAAGCCCCAUCCUAUCCCUUUCAUUAGGGAUAGGAAUGAAUAUCCAUCACUUCCCCCAACAAGGGGGGGGAAGUGGAAGCCAACAAGAGACAAACCAAUAACUUUAUGUUGCCUCUUGCAACAGGAACAAGUUCUUGCUUGCUGGUUUUAAGAGAUACGCUUGCCUCUCUCUUAUUACUUGGGUCCAGAGGUCUGACCAUUGAUCCUGUGGUACAUACCCCGAUCAGUUGGGCAGAGGCUAGGAUACCUCCCUCGCUCUUACGACCAGGGAGGCAAUCCAAGGUUGGGCGAACACCAGUCUGUUCUCAAAAGACUCAUUCCUCCCACCAAGAAGUGUCUUCCUAUUGUAAAUGGACCAAAAGGUUUGUAUAUCGUACCGGAACAAAUGACAUUUUGUCCAAAAUUGCAUUUUUCCUAACUACAAACCUGAGGUCCUUUUACAUAUAGUCCCACCUCAUGCCACCCCUCACUCUGAGUUUUUUGCCUGGGCCUAAAGAAAAAGUGAUUCCUCACCUCCCAGUCGCGCGGUGCACGCACUGUCGGACAAGCAGUUAACUACUGAACUCCCUUGUUCGAAGCUUACGACCGUCCAGCUGCGGCUAGUUACCUUCCUAUUGUAAAAGGACCUCAGGUUUGUAUAGUUAGGAAAAAUGCAAUUUUGGACAAAUUGUCAUUUUGAUGCUUUUAAGUUGUCAUUGUAGGCAUUUUUGUAAAAUCUUUUGAAGUCUAGUAUGAAUAAUCACUUGCAAGAAACAGAAUGUUAUAGUGUUAAGGGUGUACUGUUCUUAACAGAAAUGGGUAGUGUGAAAGAAGUGCAAUACAAUAUGUUUAUAUGUUGCAUAUCUUUUACAAAAUGAAAAUCUUUUGAUGUAAAUAUACAGAUUUUUACAUACUGUACAGAAGAUAUGUAUAUAAAUAGUGCAUACAGGUUUUUACGUAUUAUGUUAAAGAAAUUCCCUUUUGUUACUGAAAUGAAAAUUCUUUAUUAUCAAUAAAUUUAAUUUUUACA